GCCGCGGCGCCAUCUUUACGCCAGUGCUACCGGUGGGUCUUCGGCUCAGCGGAGCGACGGUGCUGUUGCUGAUCCACCACCAGGAACUGCCGAGCAGCCCAUAAUCCCCCCUUUCCACCGGGACGCUACGAAAAGCCCCAGUACCCGAGCGCCAUGGCGGACAGAGAGAACUUAGUAUACCAGGCGAAACUCGCCGAGCAGGCGGAGAGAUACGACGAAAUGGUGGAGUCGAUGAAGAAGGUGGCCAGUAUGGACGUGGAGCUGACGGUGGAGGAGAGGAACCUGCUGUCUGUAGCCUACAAGAACGUGAUCGGAGCCAGAAGAGCCUCCUGGAGGAUAAUCAGCAGCCUCGAACAGAAAGAAGAAAACAAAGGCGGCGAAGACAAACUAAAGAUGAUCCGAGAAUACAGGAAAACGGUUGAGAAAGAGCUGAAAUCAAUCUGCAACGACAUUCUGGAUGUACUGGACAAGCACCUCAUCUUAGCUGCUACCACGGGAGAAUCUAAGGUUUUCUACUACAAAAUGAAGGGAGAUUACCACAGGUACCUGGCAGAGUUUGCCACAGGCAACGACAGGAAGGAGGCAGCUGAGAACAGUUUGGUAGCGUACAAAGCCGCAAGUGACAUCGCCAUGAUCGAACUCCCUCCAACGCACCCCAUUCGUCUGGGACUGGCCCUUAACUUUUCAGUUUUCUAUUAUGAAAUCCUCAACUCGCCAGACCGUGCUUGCAGGUUGGCGAAGGAAGCAUUUGACAAUGCCAUUGCAGAACUGGAUACGCUGAGCGAGGAAAGCUAUAAGGACUCAACACUUAUCAUGCAGUUGCUACGUGACAACUUGACACUAUGGACCUCAGACGUGCAGGGAGACGGUGAAGAACAGAACAAAGAAGCACUGCAAGAUGCGGAGGAAGAGGCCCAGUGAGACUGAACAACCCAAGAUGAGCCCUCAUCAUCCUCUUCUUCCUCCUCCUCCUCUGAUUUCUCUCCUCCCGGCACUAGCUCCUGUCCCCAGCCACAGUUUUCAACUGGGUUUAUACUGCAGCCCACACUCUUUCUCUACCUUCUUCUCCAUCUCUACCCCUCUGUCUCGCCUUUUCUCCUCGUAUGCACGUCAUCUCCUGCCCCCCCCAGGGCCCGCUCGGCUCUCCAUUUCCACUACCCCGGGCUUCUACCUUAUUUUGAUGACUCCUUUUGCAAGCCUGUACCCUUGAACGGGGACAGGUGGGUUUGUUUGAAGUGGGACUGUAUGAGGUCCGUCAGCACCACCCUGUUUGGAGAAGCAGGAAGGGCAGCCGAGCUAUGAGCCGCUGUGGGUGGGGUCAGCAGCAAAAUGUGCCACCUGGAGGGGGGGCGUCAGUUUAAAGUGUACGCUAUCUUUAGAAUAUUUUCACUGCUCCACCUUGCAGUCAGGCAGCCGAUCCCGACGGGGACCCGAAGCUGUUAAAUCGCUCUCUUCAAAGCCACCAAACUCCUUUGGACAAAAACUGUAGUUUUGCCUCACAGAACGGGGGCGUCGCUGGUUUGCUGCCGUGUGACUUCAGCGUUUUGACACGUUGGUUGGGAUCCUAGCUUACAUGUUAAAACACCAGAGUCACACAGCAGCAGACCGGCAGCUGCCGCGCUCGGCGACGUCAGAGUACAGUUUUUGUCGAAGGAGUCUGGCGGCUUUGAAGAGAGCGAUUCAACAGCUUCAGGGAAAAGGCUGCUGAGUGGUAAAGAUAUUCUAAAUAUAGCAAACUGAUGGCACUUUUUAGGUUGCUAACAUACAUUUUGCCGCAGAGCCCGUCUACAGCAGUGCAUCGCUCAGCUUGCCGGGGCGCUGACCAUCAUCCACUGUAGGUAAUAAACACUAUGAACAUAGACGUCAUGCAGCCCCGCUUCAAAGAAACCCGACCGUCCCUCGAAGGUUCACGUCCUCUUUUACUGUUUUUAUUUUUGCUUUACUUUGCUGUAUCAUCUGUUGCCAAGUACGCUUGCCUGUAUUUGUAACACACAUAUGCAAGAGUUUAUUUAAAGACAGUUCUCUGUUGUUCAUCUUUUUUUCCUGUAUAUGUGUGUUUAUGAACAAUAUGUUGUCCGUGCUUCUGUCAGUUUUGAAACACUUCAGUUAUCACGUUGAGGAAAUUUAGCCGUGAAGGAAGGUUCAAAAGGGAUGUGUUAAAAGCUUUUAGGAAGAACUAAGUGCCCUCUUUACUUUGUGGUUACCAGACCUGCUCCGUUAACACAUCAGUUUGUGUUUUUUUUGUUUUUUUAAAUGACAAACAUCAGAAUGUCCCCCUUCUCCGAGCAUCACUCUGACCUCUAUUCUCGUCCACUCUCGGACCAAGUAUUGUGCUGCGAGGCUGUAGCGCUUUUGCUAAUGGCAGAUAGUUAGGUAAUGGCUUUUUAACAGACAAAAUGUGCGCGUGUGUGUGUGUGCGCGGGAGGGGAAUGCUCAACACUCUUUGAUUGUAAUGUAAUGCAGUUUUGCAUUGGCACUAUAUAAAAACAGUUUGGGAAAUAGAGGCCUGCUGUAUCUUUACUCCCCUGACUCUUUCAGGUUUCCUCGUCUCGACUCCGUCUUCUUUCCUCUCGUUUCCUCUCUUCCUUCCGUUCAGUAUGUGUAACGUGAAUCUGAUUUGUACUACUGGAUAUUCUCACCGGAGCCACAAGUACCAUCUGUAUUCUUACUGAAACACAGCAUGGAAUUAACAUUAAACUUCAAAUUGAAAACGUUAA